AUGUCUUUCCGGAUCUUCCUGCGGCUUUUGACUCGGACCAACAAAGGCAACGACCGCAACCACAGCGCCCUUGCUGAUGGCACUGCUGCCCCCGAAGACCGUCUCCCUCGCUACUUCGCCAAACACGGCCACGUCGACGCUGACCCCAAGGGUAUCAAGAAACAAGGUGGUGGCAAGGGUAACUGGGGACGUGAGGGUGACGAGGUUCACGACUACGGCUACAACUUUGCCAAUGCCCGUCGUCGAUCCAACAGCAGCACCCAGGCUCUAGGCGACUUCAAGACCAAGUUCGAGACCAUCGAGGCCGACCCCGUCUUUGAAGAGGAAUUGCACGGCCCCACCGACGAUGACAUUGAAAAAGCGUCCAACCUAUCCAAGGAAGAGAGCAUCGACUCCAGCACCCUCGGAGGAAGCGUUGAUGGCGAUAAUCUCAAGAUGUAA